GAACUACCCCAGAGCCCCGGCACAGUCUGUGUCAUCAGUUGGAUUCCCACGGUUCCUCAGCAGGAAGGAGGUGGGGUCUGGAAGGGCUGGGACUUUAGGAAAUGAGAGACCGGCGAGUCUCAGAGAGGUCCCACCUGGCAACAACGGCGGCGUUAGCAGGGCUAGGGCUAUGCGGUCCUCCAGGCCGCGGAGGGGAGCUGGCAGGGGUGCUGUCCCAACCAGGCGGGGCGCGGGGACCAUGGGUUCCUGGACUUCCAGGGCCCGGGUCCCCACGCCGGAGCUCAAUCCCCGGGAGACGCUGGACCUGAGCCGUCUGCCCCCGGAGCUGCUCCUGCUGGUGCUGAGCCACGUGCCCCCGCGUGCACUGCUGCUGCACUGUCGCCGGGUGUGCCGUGCCUGGCGUGCCCUGGUGGACGGCCAGGCCCUGUGGCUCAUGGUGCUGGCCCGGGACCGCAGCGCUGCCGGCCGCGCCCUGUUGACGCUAGCCCGCCGCUGCCUGCCCCCGGCCCGCGAAGACAGGCCCUGUCCGCUGGCUCAGUUCUGCUUGCGAGGACCGCUCGGACGUAACCUCAUCAGCAACCCCUGCGGUCAAGAAGGCCUGCGCAAGUGGAUGGUGCAGCAUGGCGGGGAUGGCUGGGUGGUGGAGAAGAACAUGAAGCCUGUGCCUGGAGCCCCCUCGCAGACCUGCUUCGUGACUUCCUUCAGUUGGUGUCGCAAGAAGCAGGUCGUGGACCUGGAGGAGAAGGGUCUGUGGCCAGAGCUGCUGGACAGUGGCGGUGUGGAGAUUGCGGUCUCUGACUGGUGGGGAGCUCGACACGACAGUGGCUGUAGGUAUCGUCUCCUUGUUAAGCUUCUUGAUGCUCACCAGAACGUCCUAGAUAAGUUCUCGGCUGUGCCAGACCCCAUUGAACAAUGGAACAACAAUAUCUACCUGCAGGUCAGCCAUGUGUUCUCCAACAUCAGGAGGGGUGUCCGUUUUGUGUCUUUCGAACACUGGGGCCAGGACACACAGUUCUGGGCUGGCCACUAUGGGGCCAGAGUGACCAACUCCAGCGUGAUUGUACAAGUCUGUCAGUCCUAGUCAAAGGCCACCACCAUUUUGACAAGACAGCCUGACUGUGCCUUCCAGGAGCUGGGGCUGCUGACUGGAAUCCUUCACGAAUCAAGCGCUCAAACCUUCCUGGCACAUGUCACUCUGGGAUCAGUGGGGGCUCCUGCUUGGCCACGCUCAGAGUCUCGAACACUGGAGUCCUCCAUCAGCUCUGCCCACUGCUGCUGCUUGUAGAGCGGGGGGUGCCGGGCGCAUGCUCGUCUCAAGGAGGUCACAAGCUGCCUCUGUUUCAGUCUGCUUGGGUAGAGCGGGGUGCUAGGCGCAUGCUCGUCUCAAGGAGGUCACAAGCUGCUCUGUUUCGGUUCAGUCUCUCUCUGCCCUGUCCUCAGUACUGAUCCCCAGCCCUUUUCUGAGGCAGGGUCUCGGGUAUCCCAGAUGAAAACCAAGGAUGACGUUAGCCUCCUGUCCUUGUCAAUCAGUGCUGGGAGUGCAGGUAUGCACCAGGACCUCCCAGGCUGGUGCGGUGCUGGGGCGAGCAGGGGCUUAGUGCAAGCCAAGUGUAUAUUCUACCAACCAAGAAGCAUCCCCAGCAUUGCCUCCUUGUCCCUCUGUUUCUGCCUCAGGGACUUUCGUUGUCCCUUCACUGAUGCCCUCCGCUCGUGUCUGAACUUAACAGCUAGCAAAAUUCCAACUCCCGUGUGAACCCAGGCGCACAUGGCUACACCCAGAUCUUCUCAUUGAAGGGGGUAUCUGCCCACAGAUUGUCCCCCCAAACAAUGAGGAAGGGCCUAGAGCCCCAGCCCUGAUCCUCAGGGACCUCUGUAAUUGUGUAAUAUUUAAAGUUAUUUAUCAUUUUCUCAAACAGUGAGAGAAUAAUAUACUGGCAAUAUAUGCCUGCCAACUGCACUGUAAUAAAUUGAU